AUGGCUAUACAACAAUGCUGUGAUAUUAUAUUUUCUUCUUCGUCGGAUGACAGUGAAGAUGACAGCAAUGAAUUGUAUGAAUACGUAGUACAGAAUCUUGAGACUAAAACUGCAAUACCUAGGUUGCAGAAUUAUGUUGAAACCAUCGUACCACAAUUCAAUGAUGGACAAUUCAAAUCUCACUUCAGGAUGCUUCCAACCACAUUUGAAUAUGUAUUAACCCUAAUCGCUCCAAAGUUAAAAAGAAUGAAGCCGGGGUACAAAUCUAUUUCACCAAAUAAACAAUUUUUAAUUGCGAUAUGGAAAAUGGCUACUCCUGACUCUUACAGAUCAAUUUGUGAAAAAUUUGGUGUGGGGCGAGCUACUGCAUUAAGAUGUAUUAGAAGAGUCAUUGUUGCUUUAGAAAUGUUGGCACCAGUUUUCAUCACUUGGCCAAAUGAAGAAAAAGUUGAAGAAAUUUAA